CGCCAGGGCCGCGGGAUGGCAUCAGCGGCCUGCGCGGCGGCGGCGGCCCGAAGCCGGUGCUGGGCGGCAGUGGCGCUGAGCCGGGCCAGGGCCUCCUCCUCGUCGUCGUCGUCUUCGUGCGGCUCAGGGCUGCCCUGCGGAGGGGCGGCGGCGCUGCGAGGGGCGGCGCGCGGGACGGGCCUGUGGGCGUGGCCUGGCCUGAUCCCCAGGAGGGCCCUUUCCUCACGGAACCGCCCCGAGGGCAAAGUGCUGGAGACAGUGGGUGUAUUUGAAGUGCCAAAGCAGCACGGGAAAUAUGACACGGGUCAGCUAUUUCUCCACAGUGUAUUUGGAUACCGGGGGAUAGUCCUGUUCCCUUGGCAAGCCAGGCUGUACGACAGAGACGUGGCUUCCCCGGUGCCUGAAAAGGGUGAGAAUGCAGCUGGGCACGGAUCCAAGGAAGUGAAAGGCAAGACACACACGUACUACCAGGUUCUCAUAGAUGCUCGGGACUGCCCACAUAUAUCUCAGAGAUCGCAGACGGAAGCAGUGACUUUCUUAGCGAACCAUGAUGACAGCAGAGCCCUCUAUGCAAUCCCAGGACUUGACUAUGUCAGCCACGAAGACAUCCUUCCAUAUACCUCCACCGACCAGGUGCCCAUCCAGCACGAGUUGUUCGAACGGUUCCUCCUGUACGAUCAGGCGAAAGUUCCACCCUUUGUGGCAAGGGACACAUUGUGUGCGUGGCAGGAGAAGAACCACCCGUGGCUGGAGCUGUCCGACGUGCACCGGGAAACCACAGAGAACAUCCGGGUCACAGUGAUCCCCUUCUACAUGGGCAUGCGGGAAGCCCAGAAUUCCCACGUCUACUGGUGGCGCUACUGCAUCCGCCUGGAGAACCUCAACAACGAAGUUGUGCAGCUCCGGGAACGGCACUGGAGGAUAUUCAGCUUGUCGGGCACGCUGGAGACAGUCCGUGGUCGAGGGGUCGUGGGCAGAGAGCCAGUCCUGUCCAAAGAGCAGCCAGCCUUCCAGUACAGCAGCCAUGUCUCCCUGCAAGCAUCCAGUGGCCACAUGUGGGGCACUUUCCGCUUUGAGCGGCCCGACGGCUCCCACUUCGACGUCCGGAUCCCACCCUUUUCCCUGGAAAGCAAUAAGGACGAGAAGACGCCCCCUUCUGGCCUCCACUGGUAGAGCAGCCCUCAGGACAGCUUGGCUUCCCCCCAACUUCCCCC